AAGCAGGCUUAUAUAUACACACACGUACAGGCACGAAUGCUUCACCACCUAGGAAACAGCUUCGGUUUCAGCUUUCAAAAUUGUUCAUUGCCAACCUUAUUUGUUGUCGCGAGUAAUAGCAAGUGCUUAAACUUAAACUAAAGCUAGGAUGGACAAACACACACAAUAUGAGCGUGUGUUCAACUACUUUGAUGACAACGGAGACGGGAAGAUUUCACCCUCGGAGCUGCAGCAAUGUGUGGAGGCAAUAGGUACUGGGGAGCUUUCGCUUGAGGAGGCAGAGGCGGUGGUGGAGUUGCUCGACUCUGACGGCGACAGCAUGGUGGGGUUGGAGGACUUCGUCAGGUUUGUUGAAGGAGGAGAGGAGGAAGAGAAGGUGAAUGAUUUGAGGGAGGCAUUUAAGAUGUAUGAGAUGGAUGGCUUUGGGGGUAUCACACCCAAGAGUCUUAAGAGGAUGCUUAGCAGACUGGGUGAGUCCAAGACUAUCGAUGAGUGCAGGAUGAUGAUUGCUCGAUUUGAUCUCAACGGUGACGGGGUCAUUAAUUUUGAUGAAUUUAGGUCCAUGAUGUUAUGAGUAUUUCUUUAUAACUUAUUUAUUGGUUAUUCACUUCAUAUUGAUGAAUGGAUUCCCUAUCUGGGUUAUUUCA